GGGAGAGAGUGAGAAAUGCAGAGGCAGCAGCCGCGGUAGCGGCGGCAUUGCUCCAGCAGGCAGUAGUCACUCCGGUCCCAGCGAGCGAGCGGGGGAGAGCCACAGCACUCAGAGCAAGCCGAGCGGGCUCGGGGGCUACCUGGGACUCUCUUUGUGACACCCCAGCACACAAAUUCACAGAGAGGGAGAGAGGAAAAGCGUAAAAAGAGCUCCAACAUGGGAGGCAAAUUGAGCAAGAAGAAGAAGGGGUACAGUGUCAAUGAUGAAAAAGCUAAGGACAAAGACAAGAAGGCUGAAGGAGCAGCGACUGAGGAAGAGGAGACUCCAAAGGAGGCUGAGGGUGCCCAGCAAACCACAGAGACCACAGAAGUGAAGGAGAACAACAAGGAGGAGAAGGGUGAAAAGGAUACUCAGGUCGCUGCCAAUAAGACAGAAGAAAAAGAAGGGGAGAAGGAGAAACCAGUGACCCAGGAAGAAACCCAGAAAGCAGAACCAGAGAAGUCAGAGUCUGUUGUCGAUGGGAAAGUAGAGCCACAGAAGAACAAGGAACAGGCACCCAAGCAAGAGGAGCCAACUGCAGCCUCUGCUCCUGCUGCCAGUAGCGAAGCGCCCAAAGCUUCUGAGCCUAGCAACGACGCAAAAGCUUCCCAGCCUUCAGAAGCCACAGCUCCCAGUAAAGCAGAUGACAAGAGCAAAGAGGAAGGGGAAGCCAAAAAGACUGAGGCUCCCGCAACGCCUGCAGCCCAAGAAACUAAAAGUGAAGUGGCCCCAGCUUCAGACUCAAAACCUAGCAGCAGCGAGGCUGCGCCUUCUUCCAAGGAGACCGCGGCACCAACAGCAGCCCCUAGUUCCACUGCUAAGGCCUCGGACCCUGCAGGCCCACCAGAGGAAGCCAAACCUUCUGAAGUUCCAGCGACUAAUUCGGAUCAAACCAUAGCAGUGCAAGAUUAAAUUGGACAGCCUGUUGAAACAACCACUUAAAACAACCUGUGUCUUUUUUUUUGUUUUGUUUUUUCAGCUCUACUAACUCGUUUCGGAUCUGAAAUAACAAAUAUGUAUUGCCCAGAAAGAAAAGGAGAAAAAAAAAAAAAAAAGAAAAAAAAAGAAAAAAAAAAAGAAAAAAAAAAAAAAAAAAAAAAAAAGAAAAAGGAAAAAAUGAAAAGGAUGUCCCAUCAAGUUGGGAGGGAGGGGGGAGAAUCCAAAUAGUAUUUUUGUGGGGAAAUAUCUAAUAUACUUUCUGCCAACUUGACACAAGUCUUGGAUUAAAAAUGAAUAAAGAAAUAAAAUAAAUGGAUGUCUGAAAGUACAGCACAUCUUUUGUAUCUGAACUGCUGUAAAUGCACUCCACCAAUGUAUCAAAAUCUCUUUUUUGUUCUGUAAUGGGGUUUGGGAGUGAUGCGUUUGAUUCUGCCCACUGGGUUUGUGCCAAGGCAAUCAGAUCUUUAUGAAAGCAGUAUUUUCUGUGGUUUUUUUAUUUACAGCCUUUCUUAUUUUGAUAUUUUUUUUAUGCAGUGGAUGAAUGCCAACUUUCAGACAAAACCCACUUAGCUGUCCACAUAUUUCUCAAUGCCAAUCCUCCAAUUCUUCCUCUCCAAAUAUUUUUUGGGAGUAAAAAGCAUUCUCAUCCUACUUAGCCUACCUAGAUUUCUCAUGACGAGUUAAUGCAUGUCCGUGGUUGGGUGCACCUGUAGUUCUGUUUAUUGGUCAGUGGAAAUGAAAAAGUCUGCGUUCAUUGCAGUUCCAGUUUCUCUUCCAUUCUGUGUCACAGACACCAACACACACUCAUUGGAAACAAAUGAAAAAAAAACAAAAUGUACAAUGGAUGCAUUGAAAUUAUAUGUAAUUGUAUAAAUGGUGCAACAGUAAUAAAAGUUAAAUAAUUUAAAAAAUAUAAAA